AGCAGAGACCGUGAAUUCGUUAUUCCCGGCGAUUCAACACCUGCGCAAUGAUGUUGAAGAUUGUCGUGCUUGCAGUGUUGGUUUCCACGGCUUGCUCCAAGCCUGGGGUGUUGAACAAAGACGAUGAAUUUUCUACCGAGGAGCUCAUUCGUUACUUCGGUGUUGAAAACCACGCAGAAGCCCCAGAGUAUGAGGUCGUGUACCCACUCGUAGUCGACGCUGACAGCAAAAGGAGUGUUGGCAACGGAGCCAUUGCAGCCUCUUUCCUAGAACUGGAAGUCGAAGCCUUCGGAGAGACACUCAUCCUCAACGUGGACCACGAUGACAGCAACUAUGCCCCCGGGCUCGAGGUUGAGAUUUACACCGAUGAAGGCAUCCAGAGGGUACCACUCAGGACAGACUGCGUCUACACGGGGAAGGUAGCUGGGGAACAGAACUCUAUCGCUUCAGUUACCACUUGUGACGGCUUGAUGGCGGUGAUAUUUCGCAACGACGGGCGCGGUGAGCUUUACAUCGAGCCACUAGAAGACAAACAUGCCGCCAAAAGGGAUGUUGGGCGUGGCCACCCGCACGUCGCUUAUAAGAACAGACCACAAAAAGGCGGAGCUUUCUGCUCAGCUAUCGACCCGCCGGUCUUGCCAAUUUCCUCUCUUGCAGACCCGCCCAUUAUGCCCAUUUCCGCCGAGGAGCCUGUAGACACUGAAUCAACCAAGUAUCUGGAGCUGGCGUUCAUUGCCGAUCCAUCGUACACUUCCAGUCGUGGAUCUACCAGCUCAGCCACCACCUGUGUUAAUACGCUUUUCAACGCGGUAAAAAACGUUUUGCAAUUGAGUUCUCUCAGAGGCACUGCACUGGUUCCAAAGCUGGUGUACGUUAAGAUCUUUGGAGCAACAGAGACUGGACUGACAAGUAACACUGAUAGUAAUACCUACCUGGCGACCUGUCGUGCAUGGCAACAUACCAACAACAAACCGUCAUCGAGCAGUGAACAUUGGGACAAUGCUGCAUUUUUUACAGGAGUGGACAUAUCAAGUCCGGACGCUGGUAAUGCAGUUCUUGGCGUAGGCUAUGUCAGUGGAUGUGACUACUGGGGUGCGUCUCUUAGUGAGUUCCGUAGUCUUGAUGCCACAGCUGUCACGGCACACGAAAUCGGACACAACUUAGGAAUGUACCACGAUUCCUCAGGACCAGAGGGUGGUCCCUAUAAUAGCUGCUCAUCGAAGGGGUAUUUGAUGGCUGCAUACAAUGACAACCAUCAAAAAGAUCUGGGCUGGUCUACUUGUAGCCGAUCCUACUACGACACUCGCAUCACCCAAACCACCUGCUACAACGAUGCCUAACUGGAUGAUCGGAUUUAUUGGGACACCCCUCGAACUGAGGGAGAGGAAAAACCUGCGACAUUUCUGAAGUCUCCAAAAUGCAUUCAAAAUACUGGUCACUGUUGAGUUUUGUUCUCAUCGUUAGUAUUUAUAACGAAGUCAACAGAGGCGGGUUGUCUUCAGCCUAUGUCUUCGAUUAUGCUCAGUUGGACGAGACACAAACUGCGUAAUGCUUACGAGGCAGAGCCCCGGGUCAAAAUUAUUUAAACAUUCAACUUCUACUGUAGUUAUCUCUUGAUUCAUCGAGGGUGGAAAACUAAAAUGCCCAGUGUGGUGGUUACAAGAUUUCUUUUCAUCGCUUCAGAAAGAUAUUAUAGCUUCAGAGACCAAUACAACAGAAAGGAUUUUUUGCAUGACCGUGUUUUUAAUUCUGCGAAAGCCAAAUUAAUCAAAUCGAACGCAAAUCAAAUGCAAAUCAGGUGCUUGCUCUAAGUAAAAUGUUCAUAUCUCAGAUCUAACUACUAAAUUUGCAGCAGCUGUACAAACUUGAUAUUUCUUUAUUUUCAUUAUGAAUUGAGGUGAAGGUAAUAAAUUUCAAACCAUUCAGCAUUAAACAAUGUGGUUUGUGUGUCUCAAUUAAAAUAC